GAAACCUGCUACUACGCUCCUUGCAGCCCGUCAGGCCAAACAGAGGGAGGCUAGCUGUUAGCUUCAACUGGCAAAGAUGAGUUUUCUGAGAGGAUUGUUUGGGCCUGUAUGUGAGAUAGACGUGGUGCUGAAUGAUGCAGAAAACAGAAAAACUGCAGAGCUGAAGACAGAAGAUGGAAAAGUGGAGAAACACUAUCUGUUCUAUGAUGGAGAGUCGGUAGCUGGAAAGGUGAAUCUAAAUGUGAAGCAGGGAGGGAAACGGUUGGAGCAUCAAGGCAUCCGCAUUGAGUUUGUUGGACAGAUAGAGCUGUUCUCUGAUAAGAGCAGUACCCAUGAGUUUGUGGACUUGGUAAAAGAGCUGGCUUUGCCUGGAGAACUAACCCAGAACCGAAGCUACGACUUUGAGUUCAUGCAGGUGGAAAAGCCCUAUGAGUCGUACACCGGAGCAAACGUCAGACUCAGGUAUUUCCUCCGGGUGACAAUUGUUCGCCCUUUGUCUGAUUUAGUGAAAGAAUAUGAGUUAAUUGUUCACCAGCUGGCCACUUAUCCAGACGUAAACAACUCCAUUAAGAUGGAGGUCGGCAUUGAGGAUUGUCUGCACAUCGAGUUUGAAUACAAUAAAUCCAAAUAUCACCUGAAGGACGUGAUAGUCGGGAAGAUUUAUUUCCUCCUGGUCAGGAUCAAGAUCCAGCACAUGGAGCUGCAGCUCAUCAAGAAGGAGGUCACAGGCAUCGGUCCCAGCACUACCACAGAGACAGAAACGGUUGCAAAGUAUGAGAUCAUGGACGGUGCUCCAGUUAAAGGAGAAUCAAUUCCAAUCAGACUUUUCCUGGCAGGAUAUGAUCUGACACCCACCAUGAGGGAUGUUAAUAAGAAGUUCUCCGUUCGCUACUUUCUAAAUCUGGUGCUGGUGGAUGAGGAGGACAGGAGAUACUUUAAACAGCAGGAAAUUGUUUUGUGGAGAAAAGCUCCAGAGAAGCUGAGAAAAAGAAACUUCCACCUGCGCUACGAGUCGCCCGAGCCCAGAAGCCAGCCGGUCUCUGCAGAGCAGCCGGAGAUGUGAGGGUCAUACCCAGAAGAUCUGAAGGCAAACACAUCACAGCUUCUUUCUGCAAAACAGCCAGAGGUUUGAGGGCUGAAGCUGCUCUCUCCAUGGACUGACAGAUGUCUGUAAAACACAAAUACACAGAAGUUAUCUUUAGACAUCCCCUGCACACCUGCUCACCAUUUCACAGCUUCCAAUGGGAGCUGCCACUACUCUCACCCAGAACUGAAACACAGAUGCAUACGACUGCAACAACACGUCUGCUUAAACCUGAAUGUCAAAGCUAAAAUGAAAAUCAGCCUAAAAAAACAAUGAGAUGCCCAAGUUAGUUGUAGCUCCUCCAGACAAGCACACAUGCAUAAAGCCAUACGGUCCCAGUCUGCUAGCCAUGCAAACUGUUCAGGAAGAAAACGGAAGAGCAGCACUUCUCCCCUCUGAAUUGAGAGUUUCUCUUUUCAAAUCAUCUCUCAUCCUGGACUUUAUCUCUCACACUUUACAUAAAACCAACAAACCACUACUUAGAGCUGCAUGAACUACUCCUAAAACGAAAGGCUUCAAAGACCAGAAGAGACGACGCUAUGGGGGCAACACCUAUGUCCUGCAUUUAUGUACACUACCUGACUGAGCUGGAGCAUCAAGGAUUUCAACGCUGUUUUAUAACUGUAAACGACUUUGCAGCAGUUUAAAGACCUAUCAGCAGCAUUCUGCUUUAAUUGGGGAAUCUAGUGCAAUAAGUGUUCACAACAAUAUAAAAACCCACAAUAUAGUUCUGACUGAGGAAAAUCCAGUUCCACCUCUGGUUGCUGUACACAACCGAAUAAAUUCCCCCAAAGUACUUGAUUUAAUGAUUUAUCUUAAGGUGAUUUAUUUAGGUUAAAUCUGCAGGUUAGUUUUUUUUUUCUUUUACAUAACAGAGAAACAUUUCUUUCUGCUUAGAUGGACGGAUUACAUGUCAUUAAAAUUAUCUGUAAUGUCAACAGAAUCUAUAUUCAUGGUUAUGACAUGUUAACGUCUGGGCGCCACUUUGUGUUAGAUCCUUGUCAGUGCUGUCUGUGUCUGAAAUACUGUAUGUAUGCAAAAAUCGUAUUGUAAAAAUGAGAAGCAUUUUCAGGGUUUCGCUGCUGAAAUUCAAAUUAAUUUAAUUAGAGUGAACCAUUAGAGAAUCAUAAUGUGAAUUUGUCUAUUGCAUUUAAUUUGUUUUCUGCCAGCUGACCAGUCUCUGUGUGAAACAGUUUCCUUUCAGUAGCUCAAAGAUAGAAGGUUG